UUUUUUUCUUUCUUGAUCCUUCCUACCAGUAAAUCACACAUGCAAGGCUGAACUUUCGACUUCCAAUCUUCUUUUGCAUUGUUUCUCUCUUUGACCUUUUACUCGUCAAUUCCUAAUCCCACCCACGUCCUCACUUCGACUUUCCUACAACGUCACUUCGAUCUCCAGCCAUUCCUUACGCACCAAAUCUUAAUCUUGAACCAUAAAUAGGCAUAUUGAGUACACGCCCAACUUUGGCGCAUAAGCUCCCAACAUGUCGGACGAUAACCCUGCCAAUGCAGUCAAUGAGAAGACCGCAGUCAAGACCUGGCGAGCCUGGCGAACCGUUCACGAAAUGGUUCAGGAUAGAGGCUAUGAGCUUUCCGACGUCGAAGUGAAGGUCUCCCUUGAGCAAUUCAAGUCUAUCUACUGUGGUGUCGAUGGCUCUGUCACACGAUCAAAACUCAAGUUCUCUGCACGACCGAGUCCCGAAAUGAUCAAGAAAUACUCCCCUCCAGCAACCCCAGCGAACCCCGACCCUAAGGCCGACGUUGGAACUAUCUGGAUAGAGUUCCUAGACGAGGACUCGCUAGGUGCGGAGCAAAUGCGAAAGUUUGGACGCUUCUGCGCCACUGAGAACUACCACACCGGAAUCCUCGUAUCCCACGUAGCCGUGUCCGCGUCCGCGAAGAAGGAGAUCGCCAAGUUCUCCCAGUGGACUUCGAUUGAGUGGUUCCUGGAAGAGGAUUUGUUGAUCAACAUCACCCAUCACGAGCUUGUACCGCGCCAUGUCAUCCUUAGUAGGGAAGAGAAGGCCGCACUGCUCAAGCGCUACCGUCUCAAGGAGACUCAGCUCCCUCGUAUUCUUCAGAAGGAUCCCGUCGCCAAAUAUUUCGGCAUGAAACGUGGUCAAGUCGUCAAGAUUAUCCGUGCCAGUGAAACGGCCGGCCGCUAUGCCAGUUAUCGGUUAUGUGUGUAGGUCUUUCUACAUCGAAGCCAUAAUCAUUGUCGACACCAUCGAAAACCCAAACGAUUCAUAAAGCCUAGGACUAGAAAGACUGAGGAAGAAGAAUGAAGAAAGAAUUGAAGAAGAGAUGUGGAUAUACAAUACUUUACGCACAACAAUAAUCGGCGUCUAUGAGCAUGAAACCUUGAUUGAUUUGGUAGGGGAUGGCGUUCUACGGAUCUCACAUGCAAAAAAAGAAAACAGACUGGAAAUUCCGAACAGAGAGGAUAUAUUCCGAGUUUGAGAGAUGUACUUGUUCUCCAGAUUAAUUCAUCCUUAAUAAGGGCAGAGUCGGAGACACGGGCAGAUACCAGUAUUGUGUUUACCAGCACCUUAGGUGUGGUAUCUAAUGGAUGGAUAAAAGGCAUUUUUUGACUCUACCUUGGAGGGUAUGUAGGGUACCCUAGGAGGUAGGUAGUCAAUGAGGUUUUACAUAUAACAUCGUGCUUGUUCUGCAUACACGCUUAUGUGUCUACGUUCGUAGGUAUCUAAUUACGUGCAAAUACCUAACUUGGUACUAUGUACCAACCAACCAACCAACCAACCUACCUACCUACUAUCCGCCUGCCUACUUUCAUAGUCAAGUACUAGCAUGAGUAAACAAGAUGAAUUCUGCUGAA